AUGGAAAAAGGAGAUGCUGGAGCUAUAUUGCAAUACUUCCAAAAAAUGAAAGAGGAUAAUUCAUCUUUUGAUGAGGAUGAUAUGAUCACGAAUAAUUUUUGGGCAGAUGAGCGUUCAAUAAGUGAUUAUGGUCUUUUUGGGGACGUCGUUUGUUUUGACACAACUUAUCAGACUAAUGAAUAUGGUAGACCAUUUGCUUCAUUUGUUGGGGUCAACCUGCAACAUAAGCAAACAGUGGUAUUUGGUGCAGCUUUAUUAUAUGAUGAAACCAUUGAGUCCUUUAAGUGGCUUUUUGAGACUUUUCUUGGAGCAAUGUCUGGAAAGCAACCAAAAACCAUACAUACAGACCAAUCUGUAGCAAUGGCUGGUGCAAUAGUAGAAGUAUUUCCUGUAACUUAUCAUACACUAUGUGUUUGGCAUAUUUACCAAAAUGCUGCAAAGAGGUUAAGUCAUGUGUUUCAAGGAUCAGAACAGUUUGCUCAUGAUUUUGGAAAGCGUGUAUAUGACUAUGAGGAUGAAGAUGAUUGGUUAUUGGCAUGGAGUAAUAUGCUCGAGAAACACAAUUUGAAGGAGGAUAAAUGGUUAAAGAAUUUGUUUGAUAUGAGAAAAAAAUGGGCAUUGCCUAGUUAUGACAUGUUGUGCUUCUUUGAACACUAUGAGAGAGUUUUGGCUGAUCGACGAUAUGCAGAAUUAAUUGCUGACUUCAAGAUGAUGCAAACCUCUCCUGUGUUAUCUGCUAACAUAAAGAUGUUGCAACAUGCAGAGGAGGUGUAUACCCCAGAAGCUUUUAGACUCUUCCAGCAUCAAUACACAAGUAUUGGUGAUUAUGUUGCUAAUAAAGUUAGCAAGUCUGAGAUGAAUUAUGAAUACAAAGUAUCUUAUCGUGGUGUUGCUCGAGAGCAUUUGGAUUCUAUUCCUAUUAGUGACAAUUGCGAGCAACAAGAAGUCAAUGAAUAUGAAGUUCCAAUGCUUGAUUUUUCAACUCAAGAUAUUUUUGUGGGCAGCACUGACACCACAUCUACCGCACUAGAGUGGGAAAUGUCUAAACUUUUAAGAAAUCCAGGGGUGAUGAAGAAAUUGCUAAAUGAAGUUAGGGGCAUAGUUGGAAAUAAAAAGUACGUAACUGACACUAAAUCCAGUAAAGCAAAAGCCUAA